AUGUUUGCGUUUUUGGUACUGCUGUGUCAACUGCAUGUGAUGGUGUUUGCAUUUCCUCACUGCACAGGGAGAUUAAAUAACUUGAAGCAACCUGAACAGGAAGAUGUGUUCACAUCAGAAAAGGAGGCCAAUUUAUUCAUUGGACGGCAUCUUCUGAAUAACAGAUUUGAUUUUGAAGCAUUCACAGCAGAUAACCUGGAAAGAGAAUGCUUUGAAGAGCUGUGCAAUUAUGAAGAAGCGAGAGAAAUUUUUGAAGACCCUCAUGAUACGAUGGAUUUUUGGAACAACUAUUCAACUAAAGGCCCUAAAAUAAAAACUGGAGAUGAAGCACUACAAAAGAUCAACGUUACAGGACUUCUCAUUGGUUUAGUUACUGCUGGAAUACUGUUGGUUAUAAUUGCACUACUUAUCUUCUACUGCUGCAAAAGUAGAUGCAAAUCAAGACACCCACCAGGGUACUUGGAUUAUGUAAGAAGUAGACGACGUAAUUCAUCUAGCAUCUUCAGAAGGCAUGAAGAAUUUUCUUUAAACCCGCUUCCUCUCAGAAGUGACGAUUCAGAACUACCAACUUAUGAGCAAGCAGUUACUUCAGGUGGACAACAUGAUGUGCCACCACCCCCUUAUCCAGGGCCCCCAAAAGGGGCACGAGUGUUUAAAAAGUCUAUGUCACUUCCUGCCCCUUAGUCACAAACCUUAUUCUGGGGCGAGUGGAGAGAUCACUGAAACAUAACAUACUUUUAUAAAAAGUGCGUGCCAUCUUGCAUAUUGCAAGACAGUUUACAAAAAUGUAAAAGAUCUUUAGCACAACUAGGAACAAGUGAAAAUCCCAUUUGGGAAAAGGAGUGAUCUGCUGCAAAGGCUGCAGGACUGUUCUUUGCACAAAGUUAUUGCGCUAAGGGGAGGGAACACAAAGAGUAUGUCUUGUACUGCCACCCUCUUCCAUAUGCACUUUGAGCCAUCCCACCAUACUAUUGAUGUUUCAUUAAUAGUUUAAUCUUUUUCUUUAGAAGGAACAGUAUUUUAAUUGGUUUUAUUGACACUAACCAUUUUUUGUGAUUAUUAAUACUUUAAACCACCAUAAGAUGACUACUUUGUUUGAUAUAUUCACUUCAUUGCUGUGUGGAUUUUCUAUUCGUUCUAGUAAUAGAUUUGAGUGUGAAAAUUAUUAUUUUAUCUUUCAAAUGUAUGUAUAUUACUGCUUCUGGAUUACACUGGUCUGAUAUAGACACUGCUCGUUAACACACUACUCAAUUUGUUGUAUCUUUAUGAUUCUAAUUUUGGAUGAAAGGGACCCAUUGAUCACAUUGCAAGUUACACAUUCAGACAAAGUAUACGAAUAUCAAACAGUUUUGAUAUUCACUUCACCUGGUAUUUAGUGCUGAACAAGUGGAAUACUAUGGGUCAAGGGAUGUUAAGCAAAUAGCUAGAGAUUUGUCCUUUGUUAAAAAAGUACCCAGGUUUCACUGAUAAUGUUUCUCUUGCAGUUUAAACAUCUUUCAGAAUUUAAAUUUUUAGUUCGUAGAAUCAAAGGCCAAACUACCCCACAGAGGCACUUUGUAUAAGUAUGUAUUGCCCUAUUGGGAUAACAAAAUGAUACCUUUAAGUAGAAUAAAAGGUCAUAUUGGAUAAAUAACCAGUACCCACAGAGCAACAGUCAAGAAUUUCAGGAAGUUGAAAUUAAUUUCAGGGUUAACUGUAUCAACACAAUUUCUGUAGUCCACUUGUAGCCACCCUUAAUUUUACAUCUUAUUAAAAUACCA